AAUUCCCCCCCCUCUCCACACGUUCUCUCCUCCUCCUUCUUCGCGCUACAGCAUAUGGUAAAGACGGUGCCAGCCACACCAAACAAGUCACGCAGCCCAGCGCCGGGACGCCCGUGGGGAGCCGGGGGGUGCGGGGGAGGCAGGCGGCCCGUGGGAUGCCGCCGCCCUGAUCUGCGACCGCGCCGCCGGAGGCCGAGGGACGGGGCGGCCCCGCCGGUAUUACCUAGAGGUGAGGAUGGACACACAGCCUAGGAAAUCAGUCUUCACUCAUCUGUAUCUGCAGAACUGAAGCUUCUGUACUCCUGUUUUCUUUUUUGAAUACAGUUCAGGAGAAGCUGUCAACAUGAAUGCUGCUGACAACGGGGUCAGUAGUCUCUGUGCAAUAUGUGGAGACCGAGCGACCGGAAAACAUUAUGGUGCUUCCAGCUGUGAUGGAUGCAAGGGAUUCUUUAGACGCAGUAUACGGAAAAAUCACAUCUAUACAUGCAGAUUCAACCGGCAAUGUAUUGUUGACAAGGACAAAAGGAAUCAAUGCAGAUAUUGUCGUUUAAAAAAGUGUUUUCGAGCAGGAAUGAAAAAAGAAGCUGUACAAAAUGAACGGGACAGGAUAAGUACAAGAAGAACCACUUUUGAUGGCUGCAACAUUCCCUCUAUUAGCACAUUGUCACAAGCUGAGGCACUCUCCCGUCAGAUCUCAGUCUCCAGUCCUGGUGCUAGCACUGACAUAAAUGUUAAGAAAAUUGCGGGUAUUAGUGAUGUCUGUGAAUCUAUGAAGCAACAGCUUUUGGUCCUGGUGGAAUGGGCUAAAUAUCUUCCAGGCUUCUGUGAAUUACCGCUGGAUGACCAGGUUGCCCUGCUAAGAGCACAUGCUGGGGAACACCUGUUGCUUGGAGCAGCGAAACGGUCCAUGGUGUAUAAGGACAUUUUACUUUUAGGCAACAAUUACAUAAUCCAUCGCAACAGUACUGAAGUAGAGAUCAGCCGCGUGGCCAAUCGAAUUCUAGAUGAACUAGUUCGACCCUUCCAGGAAAUUCAAAUAGAUGACAAUGAGUAUGCUUGCCUGAAAGCAAUUGUGUUUUUUGAUCCAGAUGCAAAGGGCCUGAGUAAUCCAAUGAAAAUUAAGCACAUGCGGUUCCAAGUCCAAAUCAGUUUAGAAGAUUAUAUUAAUGACCGUCAGUAUGACUCCCGAGGAAGAUUUGGAGAACUUCUGCUUCUACUGCCUACACUCCAGAGCAUCACUUGGCAAAUGAUUGAGCAAAUACAAUUGGUUAAACUAUUUGGAAUUGUUAAAAUUGACAGUUUGCUUCAGGAAAUGUUACUGGGAGGUACUUCUAAUGAUGCCAGUCAUCUGCAUCAUCCAGUACAUCCUCACUUAGCCCAAGAUCCAUUAACGGGCCAAACUAUCCUCAUAAGUUCAAUGUCUGCUCCUGUACAUACAGAACAGAUUUCAACUCCAGAAACUCCAUUACCUUCCCCUCCUCAAGGUUCUGGGCAAGAAUACAAAAUGUCAACAAAUCACGCUUCAGUCAUUGCACAGCAAUCUAUUUUGAAACAAAAACCAUUGUGAUAAUGUUUCUCUGUCUUGCUCGUCCUUCCUUCCUUCCUUCCUUCCUUCCUUCCUUCCUUCCCUCCUUCCCUCCUUCCCUCCUUCCCUCCUUCCCCCCGCCCCUUCCCUCCUUCCUUUUUAUGCACUAGAUAAAUUGGUAGGACACUUGCACAUUUAAAAUCUCAGGAUGAUAAAGGAAAUUGCUUCCUCAGCAGCCACUACUGUGGGUGUUUCUUAAAACACCUCAUGAUUUCGAAAGUAAUACUCACUGUUCUGACUGCCACGUACAACUGUAACUGUGGACACUGCAGUCUGACAAAUAUGUAUAGAGGUUGAUGUUAUUUUUAGAUCUUUUAACUGCACAGAUUAAUUUUUUAUUUGUUGUCUUAUGUAUUAUUGUUUUAGAUGUGUAUAUAAUUUUUUCUUUGUGACGGAACUGGUUAGUGCUUGUUUAGCUGUGAAUUGUAGACAUGAAAAAACAGGUUAAUCAAACAAAAGCCAAGAUUCCUUAAAUAGUAAAGCAGUAGGCUACCAAACAUAGUGCAUGUAUUAAAUAAAAUGGAGAAAAUAAUGGACAGAAAUACCCAAAUAAUUGAAAAAAAAACCAACCUGAUUUGAAAGAACCAUUUCUUUCAACUAAAAAUUCAACAAAAGAGUUGAAUCCUCCCUACCUACCUAUUUGUAUGAAUCAGAGGGCCUGCCACAUACAAAUAUGUUUGAGGACUUAUUAAAAUCUGCAUUCACAGUAAUGUCUAUAUCAGUCAAUUGGACAGUGCUGAAGCAUGCGUGCAGGCAUUCAUGUUGCUAAAUUCACAGAUUCAUAGAUUCACAGAUUGCUAGGGAUUGGAAGGGACCUCUGGAGACCAUCUAGUCCAACCUCCUUGCUAAAGCAGGAUCACCUAGAGCAGGUUGCACAGGAUCGCGUCCAGGCGGAUUUUGAAUAUCUCCAGAGAAGGAGACUCCACAACCUCUCUGGGCAGCCUGUUCCAGUGCUCGGUCACCCUCAAAGUGAAGAAGUUUUCCCUCAUAUUGAGAUGGAACUUCCUGUGUUCCAGUUUGUGCCCAUUGCCCCCUGUCCUGUCACUGGGCACCACUCAAAAGAGUCUGGCCCCAUCCUCUUGACAUCCACCCUUUAGAUAUUUAUAAGCGUUGUCGAGAUCCCCUCUAAGUCAUCUCCAGGCUAAACAGACCCAGCUCUCUCAGCCUUUCCUCCUAAGAGGCAGAACAGCGACUGCUAUUCUUUUUGGUAAGGCUAGCUAGUUCUCUCCCAGACGAUUUCUGGGCACAUUUUGGGAAUUAGGCCAGCCUAGGACACUUUUCACGAGGUGCUUUGAAUAUGGCCACCUCGCUUUAGGGGCACAGAGGAACUAGGAAUAUGGCCGGCGAUGCCACUUGACCUCAGGGCUGGAGAACAGACUUUGUACUGUUUGAUUUACUAGUGUAAAUGUAGCCAUUGUGUUUAUUUGCCUAACUAGCUGGCAAAUGCAUGUUUCAGCAGUCACUCUAAACUUCACCUACGAGUAGUUGUAGUUAUGUAGUAGUUCUGUGUCUAGAGAGGUAUGGCUUACUAACUCAAGCAGCAGAUGUGCCUGAGUUCAGCUCUAGAAGUUCCUGGUUUGAGCCAUGGUAUUUCAAGCCUUAAGAUAGCCAGCACACCAAAUACUCAUUCUCUGGAUUUUUAAGAGUUUUCAGAAGCUUGGGAUGAAUUGACUUACUGUGACGAGCCCCCUUCUCCUCCUUUUCUUUCUUCCCUUCCAGUCUGGGAGGAUCUAACAUUGACUAAGUUUUGUGUCUGGAGUCUAUAAUAACCCAUCUGGAUUUGGACCCUCUGUGGAUUUGCACAAAGUGGACCUUGUGACACAUGCUCUCUUGGGCAUAUACUCACUCAGUUGCAAUUUUUGAAAAUGAUCUUUUAUGAUAUAUAAAGUGAUCUGUUGUUCAUACAAUACUGACGUCAUAAGAAAAUCACCACUUUGCACAUUUUAUUUAUUCCAGCCAGCAAUGAUUUUUCCUUUACUACUUUAGACUUUCUUCCCUGAAGUUAUGUAAGAGAGAAACAGAGGAAAAAGAAUAAAAUACUGCAGUUUGCUGAACUAUUACGAAGGGAAAACAUAGUGGAGUCAGAAAUUCUUCAAGGUGAGAUGUUGAUCAUCCUGAACCAGGCAUCUACAUUAAUCACAGCAUCCAAAGACGGUGUAGUUAAACCUCUGGCUUUUAAAAGUUGCUCAAACUGAUAUGAUUCUUCAGAUACAUUUUUGCUGGCAGGAAAUGCAACACAGUAAAUGCUGAUCUGACCUGAACAUUCAAAAGGCUUUAGUGAGAAAUACACUUACCAACAAGUAGAUGCUGUGUUUCUUUAUGUUAUUUUAAGGUAGUUGCUUUUGUAAAGUCUGCAUACAGUAGCUCUUAAUGUUUACCUUUUGCUUUUUAGUGUUUUUCUUAUUGCUAGUCACCUUUUUUUUUUUUAUCAAUGCAUUGCUCUUUUUACAAGUCCCUUUUAAUAUGAGUUUUUAUGACAGAAUAAAGUACCAAAGUUUUGCCAUUAACUUUAGGGGUAUCCGGACUGUGCUAUUUUUACAAGUUGGCCACCACCGCUUUGUGAGGAAACACAAAGUUAAAGCAGGCAUGAGAGACACUGAGCAGCCCAAAAGUUGACUGAUGGGCAUCACUUUUGUGUACUUAUCAUCGAAAGAGUGUUCGGCUCAAGUUGGAUCUGCAUGACUUUACUGAGUCAGAUUAAUUAAGUCAGUUGCAUAAACAUGGCAGUAUUGGUCUGACUAAAAACAUUUAAGGAAAUAAAAAGUAAUCCCCAAGUUGGCCACCCUUGCCUUAUAUAAGCAAUGUGCAUAAUAGCUUAAUGGGUUUAGUUUUCACACUGUACUUUAGAUAUCAAGUGUACAAUAAAAUGUUUUCACACACUGCCAAAAUGUACUGGAUGAAAAAUAUACGUUAGUAUUUUAUCUGACAAAAAGUUAUCUAUUUUGUACGAUAUAUUACAUUUUUUGAAAAAGAACACCACUGUAAUUUAUUGGGAAAAGCUGAUUUAUUUUAUAAAUGUAACAUUAUUUUUGUAAACUUAAUUAUGAAAAAUCAGAAAUGAUUAGCUUUGUUAAAUAUUAAAUUAUAAUGAGAUGUAACUUUAUAUGUUUGAAUUCUGAUACCAAGUUUUUGUGUUGAGCAUUUGGAAUUGAAAUUGUUGCUGGAAAUAUUUCAAAUGGACUUUUUUUCAUAAAAGCUCAAUAAAGAAAAAUGAAUGAUCUAAAUGACACAUUUGCCUUUUGGUAAUUUUGUGAUAAUUUGUCAUAAACAAUGACCAUGCUUUAUAUUGCUUAUGUUAUGAAUAAGUAUAAAACAGAAACAUGCUUUCAUCUCUACAGUAUUCACAAGACAGAGUGGCUGAGGUUGGAAGGGACCUCUGGAGGUCACCUUGUCCAACCCCCCUGCUCAAGCAGGAUAUUGAAAUCAUAUGAAAGAAUAUGAUGGCAAC